AUGUCGUCGAAUGACCCUCACGCAACCCGGGCGGCUGAGGCUGGCGCAGCCGCGGCUCUGCAGCAGUUCGUGACUGAGGAUUUCACUCUCUUCUCGAUCGGAGUGGCCUUCGUGAUGGUUAGGACAUACGCUCGGAUCAGGUUGGUUGGGUUUAGGCGCCUCCAGGCUGACGACUACCUCGUCUGGCUAGGAAUGAUAUUCUAUGCAGCAGAGACAAGCCUCGCUUAUUCGGUCGGCGCCAAAGCGAAAGGUCUAGCGAAUAACGGAAUGACGGAUGAGCAACGAUUGGCGUUGGAUCCGGGCAGUCCCGAGUACCAACUUAGAGUCAUCGGCUCCAAGAUCCAGCUCGCUGGGUGGUCUACUUAUUCCGCUCUUCUCUGGACCAUGAAAACAUGCUUGUUGGUCUUCUAUAUACGACUGACGGCUGGUCUAGAUCGGACAUAUCUCAUUCGCGUAUACAUUGGUUUCGGCAUCGUUAUCGCUACGUAUAUAGCCGCUACUAUGACGCUCUUCCUGAGUUGUCGUCCGUUCUCAAAUUACUGGCAGAUCAAUCCAGAUCCAGGCAAUGUUUGCCAACCUGCUAUCUCGACCACGAUUGUAUGGAUUUAUUGCAGCAUGAACGUCAUCUCAGACCUGUAUCUUCUCUCGAUUCCGGUACCCAUGCUCUGGCAGUCCACGCUGAAACCUGCGAAGAAAGUUGGCUUGAUUAUACUCUUCAGCGGAGGAAUUUUUGUUAUAGCGUGCGCCUUUUUACGUGCGGUGCUAAUUGUCAUGGAUCCUGUUGACGGUGCCCAGGUGGCUGGGUCGUGGGCGGUCCGAGAGACGUUCGUUGCCGUCAUCACAACGAACCUCCCCAUAGUCUUCCCGUUCUUCAGGACCCUCCUCAUGCCAUUCUUAGGCAGUCUCGCCCGGUCCAUGCGUAGCUCGAGCGCCCACCUCUCGGAUGACAAGAAACCCCGAACUGACUUCAGGACGUUUGGAGGUGGUGGCAGUGGCCAAAGCUGGCGUGGUCGUGGCCCUCGCACCGCAAACCCCAUCACUGAUUUUACCUUCAACGAAAGUGAGGAGCGUAUGCUAAGCCAGGGCAAUGUCAAAAUGCAGAAUUUAGAGCCUGUCGAGCACGAAAACCCUCAUUCAAAACCGGGAACGAGCAAUGGCGAUGCCAACGACGUCAACGGAUCAAGAGAUGAUGAAGUGCCUACGGGUGCCAUUCUAACUGACUCCAAGAGGCAUCAAGGGUAA